GAGAAAAGAACCAGCAUGCUCCUCAGAAAUAAUUUGGAUUGUCAAGAAUUCAUGAUGAUGAGCUGGCUUUUUCCUCUUUUAUUUAUCUCUGUUCUGUGUAUGAACAGCUUCUCGGGAGUGCAGGGAAAGAAAUGGAAAGGUGAAGGUACUACUCAAAACCUGGAAAGUAUUGUCAUUGGAAGAUGUUAUAAUUAUAUAAGAAUUGUGAACCCUGCUGUUGGUGAGAAGAAUUGUUCACAGAUAUGGGAAGCAUUUAAAAAUGCAUUUAUUUACAAGGAUCCUUGCAACAUUCUACCUAAGGAUUAUGAAUUAUUUAUCAAUCUCACAUUGCACACAAUUCCACCUAACAAGUCUCUUUUCUGGGAAAAUAAUCAGCUACUAGUCAAUAGCUUUGCUGACAGAGGACGUCGCUACAUGUCUCUGGGUGAUACUCUGUUUGGCUUCGUUGGAGAUUUUCUGAACUGGUGUGGGCAGGCAGACAGCCCUGGACUGGACUAUGAAUCCUGCCCAACCACAUUGGAAUGUGAGAACAAUGCAGUGGAAUCUUUCUGGAGGAUGGCCUCAAUCACUUAUGCACAGCACAGUUCUGGGGUGAUACAGGUCUUGCUGAAUGGUUCUGCAGAGGGCGGAGCUUAUCCACAGCCAGGUUUUUUUGCAGAUUAUGAAAUACCUAAUCUCCAGAAAGGCAAAAUCUCACAAAUUUUCAUUUGGGUUGUGGAUGAUCUUGAAGGACCAGAUCUAGAUUCCUGUGGAAUUCAGAGUGUAAAGACAUUAGAAACCAGGCUGAAAACUCUUGGUUAUGAUGUUACUUGCACUGACAAUAACAAGUCUGUAAUGUUCUUACUCUGUCUGGAUAAUCCUGAUAAUUCUAAGUGUGCCCUUGCAUCCACAUGCAAAUUUUUGUUUGUUAAUAUCUGUGUGAUACUGCAAUGAUAAAUUCUGCUAUGAAAGUCCUGAUACGCUAUCCCUGAUUAUGGCAGCAGAGAGGUGCAGCUCCAGCUUGCCUGCCUCUGGGAGGGGGUGUAGUGCUUCAUGCAUUACAGAAAAGGAGGUGGGUAUCACCUUCUGUAACACAUGUCCAGUUUUUGGUACACGCUUACAGAGACAGUGAGUAUUCCCUCUUCAUGCUGGUCACUGAAAACUUUUAGUCACCUUGCCUUGUAACAUUUAUUCUCACAUGCAAAUUAUAUCCUGACCCCAGCAUAUAAAUGUUAGUGAAAAUGGUGGGCUUAUAGAUACCACUGAUGGCUCCAGACUUCUUCUGGGCAGUAGAUCAUAGAACAGACUUCCUGUUAGGGCUUUGAUUGGUUACAAAAUGCCACUUGCACAGUGGGUAAAAAUAGGGUUUCCUUGUUCUGCCAUUGAAUGGCAAGGCUUUUGUUCAUGACAGAUGAAAAUACAGCUAUCCCUUUCAAAAUAAUAGCUGUGAACAUAGUGACAAUAUUUGCAAACUGGAAGAAAAAGCACUUCACAACACUUUGAAAAAUACAAUGUUGUACUGAGCUCUUAACAGAAGAUUUUUUUCCUCUCCCAGGUUUUAAAUAAUUUUCCUCAAAGUUUUGUGAUGUGGGUAUGUUACUCAGCUGAGGAAACCUGGAUAAGAAGGCUUUUGGAAACCAUUCAUGUGUUUUUCCUUUCAGCUAAGGGGUGAGCAUGCAGUUCUGCAGUAUUGCCACAUGGCGUUUGCAGUGUGUAAGCAGGGGAGCAGCCACCCCUUCCUUUCCAUCCAAGUCACUACUUACUCAAAGUAACAUAAUCCCUGCUGUAUUUGAAACACACUCUCACACUCUCCUGGGGUAACUCCUGAGCAAUUCAGCUGUUCUCAUUCACAUGUCUCUCCUUAGGAAAAGUUUUCUUGCUUGUUUCCCUCAUGAGCACUGUAUUCCAUCCUUUAUGCAUGGCACUGUAAUAAGUUUGAAUAAUUUCACAUCUAUCCCAAAUCACAGUAGAACUUCCCAGUAGAAUCUGAAUGCAAAACUAUCAUUUCCUCUCCCUGAAAUUUAAGUAACUUAAAUACUACAAGCCAAUGAAUACUUACAUUCUUCCCAAAAUCACUUAAUUCUCUGCAGUAAAUAACACCACCUCCAUUGAAACUAGCUGUCUUUUCAGAAAGAACCUUAAGCAGAUGCAUAUAAAUGAUUUGAUGAUUAUCUUCUUAGGUACCUUUUCUGUGUGGAUGGAUCCCUGUUCUGUGAUGGUCCAUUCACUGCCAUGGGGGCAGUUUGGUCAGUAGGGGUAUCACUAAUUGGAGUGGGUAUCUGUUCAGAAAAGUUUCCUUUGCACAGUAGGUGUUCUCAGUGUUCAUACUUCAUAGUAAACAGUGCAACAGACACACAGGGUCUCAUGCAUCCCCUUUCACGUGGGCUGUGUGCUAUUAAAGGGGUGAUAGCUGGCCUCUCAGCCUCCAGGGAAAAAUAUCCUGAGCCCAAAAAUAUCAGAGUUGGACAAAGUGACUUUUUAUGUCACCACAACUCCUGUUACACUGGCAUAGCAAAGGAGAGGUCUACUACCUGGGUCAGGGUAGGAGAAGGAUGGCUUAGAAGGUGCUGUGAUGUACUUGGGGCUUCUUGCAUGGUGGUGGUGGCCCUUAACUCCUCUCCAGACUUGAACAAUGUUCCUGCUGAGUCAAAUUUGGACUUUUGCUUGUUAAGGUGACACCCUGAUAUUAGGAAAAAACUUGUAAGUGAAAAAUACCCACUAGAUGGCAGAGAUGGCUUACAAAUGUAAGCAGGAAGGAAGCCAGAUGCAAGCUUAGUAGUGGUAUUUAUUUCUUGCAUUAUUGCAAUGACAGGGAGACGUAGAAGUGGAUCUGAAUACUACUGCACCAAGUGCUGUGAAAAUACAGUCCUCCAGGACCGCUGCUGUCUACAAGAGCACUAUAAAAUCACAAGCGUAAGGCCAGAGACAGCAAAUGGAUAUGGGGAGACAAGAAAGCUCUUGUGCUAAGGUAGAAAGAGUUCCCAGGGUUUUGCAAGGAUGUUCUGUUUAUAGAAUCAUGACAGCCAAAGGGAAUCUGUUGGCAGGCUCAUAUAAAAAAAACUUCUAGCUUAGCACUUGGGCCACAAACUUCACCCUUGGCAACAAAACCCCUGAUAUUUAAAAGAAUCCUAACUCAGCUUUGUGCUGUGAACAUCCUGUUUGUUUUCUUUUCUUCAGAUCUGCACCAGCAGUACAAAGAGGACCUAUAUCUUCAGACAGAGGAGGCAGCUGGAACAAGCUCAUGUUUGUUUCUUUUGCAGGCUUUUUGUUCAGAUUUGCUUUAGUGUACUAAGUUAAUCAACUGAAUCCAUAACCUCUGUUUGCCUUAGCUGGCUAUAAAUUUGGCUUCAACUAAUUUCUAACAUCAGUUUCCCCCUACUUUUGGGACUGGCAAACUUGCAUAUUAAAACCUUACAUACUAGAUACUGGCUUCUUUUAAUAUCAAAAAUUAUCCCACUGCUGCUAGGAAGCCUCACCCUUCAUUUUAUUUUCUCUUCUGGAAGAAGUUCAUUGCUAUUUCCUCUUAUCUUUAUUCUCCAGAACUAAACUAAGAAUAAUACUUCCUGUUCACAUACUUCAGAAAGAAAAAUGAUACUAUGCCUGUCAUACAUCACCCACAGGGAUUACUUGUUUGUAAAACCAUCCUAACAUCUGACCUUGGGAACCAAGUGACUGAUUAUCUUGUUUUGGGAAGGUGAAACAUAAAUUCAAGUGGGAGAGAUCUUAGAUUGCUCACUUGAUACAAGAUGAAAUAGGUAAGACAGUGGAAAAUAAACUUAUUUUCAUAAGUGGUCCAGUACUUGGGCCAAACUUAAACUAGGGUACAGCAAGAUUCUGGCUGCAUACUUGCACACAAUAUUUUACCAUGUAAUAUCUAUUGCUUCAUCAUCCACACAGCUGUUCCUCAGCUGGCUGUUUCCUGGACACUGGAUAGCAAAUAGUCAGAAAUACCAGGUCUAGAAAGUUCCACAGUUUUUCCACCAUGAUGUGAUUUAUGGUAUAUCAAAUUCAGAGAAGAACCUGCCAAGUCAGACAUUGGCCUGCUUGCAGCGAACUCGGAUAACAGGGUUCAGAACACACGGAGGAGAGAACAGAUGCCAUCCUGAAGGUUUCUUGGGUUACUUGUGUGAAUUCCAGUGCUCCAACUAGAUGCUCCUCUAAACCACCAAGACAUCCAGCAAGAUGGCACAUAAAUCUCCAGAAAAAAAUGGUCAUUCUACUAGAGAAUAACUUCAUGUACAUAUUUUUUGCACAUUUUGUGUUAGCUUCUGUAUUAUUUAUUUGUGUUUGUAUUGACUGGUUGCCAGAAAACUUAGAGAGGAUAUUCUGUUAUCUCAGUGAAUCUGAUUAAAGGGUCCACAAUAGAUUUAUAUCCUUUCAAUCCCUGAUUAUGUUAUAUGUUUGAAAGAUAAAAUAUUUAAAUUACGUUACA